ACAAGUUCGCGCCAACCUAUAUAAACGCGGCAGCACACCGGACAUUUACAGUGCGUUUAAAAACUCUAGAACUUGAAGUCCUGCGACACGGAGUGACUGAAUUGUCGAUAUACAGGUUCUGAAGCAUCACGUAUCACAGUUUGUCUGUCACAAUGGUCCUGGACGCCCUCCCUAUCCCGCUGACAUGGAUUCUUUUACCGGUACUGGCUGUGCUGUUCUACCUAUAUGCUGUUCGUCCUUUGUUUCUCUUUAAGAAAAUGGGAGUCCCAGGUCCACCUCCUCUACCGAUCGUUGGUACCUCCUACCUGACUGUUUUUUCGGGAUUCUACACCACUAAAUAUACUGCCUCGGACAUGGGACCACUCAUGGGACUCUACAACGGCAUGUCUCCUAUUCUAAUGGUUACCGACCCAGAGAUGCUAAAGGAGAUUUUUGUGAAGCAGUUUCAAAGCUUUACUAAUCGCCAAGACGGAAAUCAAAUCAUCAACGUGAAGCCCCUGAGUCGGAUGGUAUUCCAGCUCCUGAACGAUGAUUGGAAGAACGUGCGGACCACGCUUAGUCCGGCCUUCAGUGGCAGCAAACUCAGACAGAUGGCAGGUGCCAUGAACAGCUGCGCCGAACAGCUGGUAGAGAACAUCGGCAGCUUUGCGACAACGAAGGAGUCUUUUGAUGUUAAAGAGUUGACCGGAGCGUUUACUAUGGACGUUAUCGCCAGGACCGUCUUCGGCACUGAGAUUGACUCCCAGCGGAACCCGCAGGAUCCCUUCGUCAUCAACGCAAAGAAAUCCUCCAACAUCAGCUUUAAGAAUCCUUUGAUCCUGUUCUUUGUUGUGUUUCCCGGCAUCACGAAACGCAUUUGUGAGUUCUUCAACUACCAACUGUUCUUCCCCAGAGAAGCUACCAACUUCUUCGAUGGAGUCAUGGAUCAACUGCUCUCUAUGCGGGAGGCUGGUGGAGGGAAGGGACGUGUAGACCUGCUGCAGAUAAUGAUAGAUGCUCACAAGGACGAGGACAACAUGGAUGGGGCAAAGGCGCAGGGGAAGAAACAACCACUUACUAGGGAUGAUGUCGUUGCGAAUGGAAUCGGCUUCUUUCAAGCGGGUUUCGACACUGUGUCCAUCACCCUGUCCUUUACUCUGUACCAACUGGCACUAGACCUGGAGAUCCAGGACAAAGUCAGGCAGGAGAUACAGGACGUUACUGACGGUCAAGGUGUGGUUGACUAUGAAGCCGUGCAGAAGAUGUCUUACCUUGAAAUGUGUCUGAUGGAAACCCUUCGCCUUUACUCCCUCGUUGCCGCCCACAUGCGGGUUGCAUCUGAGGAUGUAAAGCUGAAAGACCUGACUAUCCCCAAGGGCAUGAGUGUCGUUGUGCCCGUCCUUGCCAUCCACUAUGACCCUGCCCGUUGGACGGAACCAAGGAAGUUUAUCCCGGAAAGGUUCACAAAGGAAGAGCGGGAGAAGCGGAACCCGUUUGACUGGCUGCCGUUCGGGGCGGGACCGAGGAACUGUAUCGGGAUGAGGAUGGCGAUGAUGGAGCUGAAGGUUGCAGUGGCGAGGAUCCUGAUGAAGUACCGCAUCACCACAGGACCUGACACUGUGAUUCCCGUGACGCUGAACAAGUGGCAGCAGUUCCCCACGCCUGAGAAGCCUAUCCGACUCAUGGCGGAGCCGAUUGACUGACUUCUCUCGUAUUUACACGACGGACCACCAUCUUAACCCUUGUUAUGCUGACAUUUUACAAGCUUUUUUUUCUUGUAAAUCAUCUAAUGUCAGGUCAGGUCAUAGACCCUUGCUUUUUUCCACUGCGGUGGAGUAUGUAGUUACUCGUUGCGUUUCUCUGUGGUGUGCUGAAUACCCUAAAUGCGAUUUCAGGGAGGCAAAACAAAACAAAUAUUUUCUGGAUAACAAAAUCUUAUCUAAUAUUGACAUUUAACGCCAGUUUAUGCACAUUUUCCGUUAUGCACAUUUGAACCCCAAUUUAGUCUAAAAGGAAUAAAACAACCGUCGGUAUCAUGGCAAUUCGCCUCACAUUAUUCUUUGGACGACGGUUGACUCAACUCGCUACUUUAAAAAAUUAUCAGAAUAUUGCUGUCAAUGCUCAAAUGUAGGUUAACUACAUGCCCCGAAAUUGCAUUAGGUGCAUUUUAUUUCUGUCAGCGUGCAGCUUCUGUAAGGGAUAGGGUUGUGGGGUGGGCUUAAUUGCAAACAUCUUCCAACCUUUGUAACAUUUCUUUGCUGUUGCUACUUGAAUUAUUGUAAUUGACAUCAUAGACGUUUAAAGCAACCCGUUUUGUGUAAAGACUUGCAGUACUAGUGUUCUAUGCAAUACUAAAUAUUCACCUAAUGCUAAAGGUCGAUGUUGUAUAUUACGAAGCUGGAUGGAGACCACAAGAUACCAAUAAAAAUUAACAUAAUUUGAUUCUAGUAGACAGUUUAAGAUUAUUUGUAAGUUUAAUUGCUAUAUGAAACAAUAUAAAGAGAGAGAAGAGUAUAUACAGGCGACAAGUUAACAAUUGUGACUUCUGAUUUUAUUAUUUAAAGUUAUUUGUAAGUUUAUGACCAAGAUCUAUUUGUCACAUGGAACACUGUAAAGAAAAUGUAUAUACAGGCAGUGCAAGUUAACAAUUGUGACUUCUGAACUUUUAAGAACAGCUACUUGAUAAUAAGCCUCCGCAACAUUGACCACAGCGUAAUAGUUUUUAGUAAAGGUGUAAUGUGGUAACACUCUUAUGAACUGCUCGACAGCUACAUUGAGUUGUUCAUAUGCGAUUUUGUAAUUCAUAUUUUAUGGUCAUUGUCCACGCUAUGUGUAUCAUUAUGGUGCUGUAAUUUAGAAAUAAAGUGUUUUCAUGCUAUACAUACCAAGUCUGUUGUUAAAAAA